UCCCGCUUCUCUUUCCCUUCUAGAGACAGGAUGUCCUCUGGAAACGACCGUCACCUGCAGGCGUUCACCAAACCAGCCCUUGGUGAAGGAGACGUGCCUGCGCUGGUGGACAGGGUGUUUGGGUUGAAGGUGUCUCGGGUCAGGCCGCUCCCCAGCUAUGACGAUCAGAACUUCCACGUGUGUGUCCCGAGAAGCGAAGGUGCUGAUGGAGGUGCUGACGAAUACGUCCUCAAAAUCACCAACUCGGAGGACAGCCAGCAGCCAGACCUCAUUGAAGUGCAGACCCAGGCCAUGAUGUUUCUCAGCGCCAAAGGCUUUCCUUCAGCUACCCCUUAUCUUACAAAAGGUGGUGACAUCAUGUCUCUGGAGUCAGAUGGUGGCCCUGGGCACAAGAAGUACCUGGUCAGGCUGCUGACUUACCUGCCAGGCACGCCGGUAGCAAAGGUGGCCACAACCCCUCAGGUGUUCUAUGAGAUUGGCAAGCUUGCUGCCAGCCUGGAUACAGCUCUCGCAGAGAAAUUCCAUCAUCCAUCAGUAAAAAGUCUGCAUCGAGGUCAGUUCAUCUGGAACCUGGCAAACGUUCCUCUGCUGGAUCAGUACAUUUAUGCCUUGGGCCAGAACAAAUACCGUGAACUUGUGGAACAAGUCAUUGAGCAGUUCAAAGGGAAAGUGGUACCCAAGCUCAGCAGUUUCCGAGCCUGUAUCAAUCAUGGUGAUUUGAAUGACCACAACAUUCUAGUAGAGCCCAGUUCCCUGGAGCACCCUCCUCAGUACAGGGUGUCGGGCAUCCUGGAUUUCAGCGACAUGAGUUACGGGUAUUACGUGUUCGAAGUGGCCAUAGCGAUCAUGUACAUGAUGAUCGAGAGCUCCGACCCUCUGCGCGUCGGGGGACACGUCCUGGCGGGCUUCGAGAGCGUCCUUCCGCUCACGGCGGCGGAGCGCGGCGCCCUCUUCCUGCUGGUGAGCGGGAGGUUCGCGCAGUCCCUCGUCAUAGCCGCGCACACGGCGCUGCUGUACCCCGACAACAGGGAGUACCUCAUGGUCACCGCCAGAACCGGCUGGAGGCACCUCAUGAGCAUGUUCGAGGUGGGCCAAGAAGCUGUCGAGAAGACGUGGUUUGAGACUGCCGCAGCGUACGGGCACCGGGCAGCGGCCGAGCCCAGCGGCGGGGCCGCGGGUGACCGCUGAGUCCCGGCAAGGUGACACCCGGCUCGUGCAAUAAAGGCGGCGCUGCGGGCGCCGGAGCUGUU